AUGGAGGCGCGCUUUGAGUCGACUCACAAGUCACGUGAGGCAGAGCGACGAGGGCACUGGGACGGAGGGGUGCGUGGGGCUCAAUACGGCACCGAGAUGGAGGCGCGCUUUGAGUCGACUCACAAGUCACGUGAGGCAGAGCGACGAGGGCACUGGGACGGAGGGGUGCGUGGGGCUCAAUACGGCACCGAGAUGGAGGCGCGCUUUGAGUCGACUCACAAGUCACGUGAGGCAGAGCGACGAGGGCACUGGGACGGAGGGGUGCGUGGGGCUCAAUACGGCACCGAGAUGGAGGCGCGCUUUGAGUCGACUGACAGAUCACGUGAGGCAGAGCGACGAGGGCACUGGGACGGAGGGGUGCGUGGGGCUCAAUACGGCACCGAGAUGGAGGCGCGCUUUGAGUCGACUGACAGAUCACGUGAGGCAGAGCGACGAGGGCACUGGGACGGAGGGGUGCGUGGGGCUCAAUACGGCACCGAGAUGGAGGCGCGCUUUGAGUCGACUGACAGAUCACGUGAGGCAGAGCGACGAGGGCACUGGGACGGAGGGGUGCGUGGGGCUCAAUACGGCACCGAGAUGGAGGCGCGCUUUGAGUCGACUGACAGGUCACGUGAGGCAGAGCGACGAGGGCACUGGGACGGAGGGGUGCGUGGGGCUCAAUACGGCACCGAGAUGGAGGCGCGCUUUGAGUCGACUGACAGGUCACGUGAGGCAGAGCGACGAGGGCACUGGGACGGAGAGGUGCGUGGGGCUCAAUACGGCACAGAGAUGGAGGGGCGCUUUGAGUCGACUGACAGGUCACGUGAGGCAGAGCGACGAGGGCACUGA